CUCGUACAACUACGAACGGGCCACGUUCCCUUACACAAACACCUACACCGAAUACAAGUCAUCGAAUCCCCGAUCUGCCCAACCUGCAAAUGCGAAGAGGAGUCGGUUCUACACUAUUUACUAUACUGCCCAACCUACGACGAACAGCGAGGAGAACUGCAAAGAGAACUAGGGCGAAAGGCGAGAGAACCAACCUACCUCCUCACGAGCCCACACGCACUGCCGCAUCUAUUCAGGUACAUAGCCCAGACAGGGAGGUUCGCGAAAUCGCACGGA